AUUUCUAAAUGGAAGAAAAAGAACAAAAAUCUGGAAAAGAACUGGAGAAGAAGUGCAUUCUUGACCUUUUCAAAAGCUCACAUCGAAUCUUUACGUAGUAAAUAUCCUGAAGUGAAUUUUCUGACUCAGCGAGAAGCAGCAAAAGAGAAAUUACAAGAUGUAUGGUACUCAUUUGAGCCUAAGACAAAAAAGAGGCUCGUAAAAGAAAAUAGGAAUUGCCCAGAUCCUGUGACUUCCAGGCUGCGACCAGAUGUGACAUUUGGCUCUUUGCCAGAGAAAUGGGAAAGUAUUAUAGAGAAUUACAUAGCUACUAAUCCAGACAAUCUGAUCUCCGAUGACUCACUCCCGUCUCAGUCUAGACAGUUGAUCUCCGCAGAACAGUUCCGUAACAUGAUCUUCUUGAAAAGCUUAAAGUCUCUUUGUGAACCUGGGGAGGCUGUUGGUUUGUUAGCUGCUCAGUCAGUUGGAGAACCAUCCACUCAGAUGACCUUGAAUACCUUCCACUUCGCUGGCCGUGGAGAAAUGAACGUCACUCUUGGAAUUCCUCGUCUGAGGGAAAUUCUAAUGGUGGCAAGUGCUAACAUUGCCACUCCUAGUAUGGACAUGCCAUUGUUGAAAGGUCCUGGGAUAGAGGACAAAGCUGAAAAACUUCGUCUAAAGCUCAACAAAGUGCACUUGUCCCAGGUUCGUUGUAUUUUUCCUGCUCUUACACUUCUGAAAUUUUGUGCUUGCAUAACAUACCACGUGUGGCAUAGGAGGCAUGGGUACAGCUCUGUAGCAGUGUCGUGUCAUGAAGCAAUGUAGAACUCUGUAGCAGUGUUGUGUCAUGAAGCAUGGGUACAACUCUGUAGCAGUGUGGUGUCAUGAAGCAAUGUAGAACUCUGUAGAAGUGUUGUAUCAUGAAGCAUGGGUACAACUCUGCAGAAGUGUCAUGUCAUGAAGCAUGGGUACAACUCUGUAGAAGUGUUGUGUCGAAGCAUGGGUACAACUCUGUAGC